AAAAAAAAAUAAGGAAGGCUCUAGCGCACUGCACACACAGCACAUGGAUUCGAUUCCUCCAUGGCUCUCGCGCUAAAUCUCGAAAGCAUUUUCAUUCCCGCCCAAAAAGAAGAAGCCUUAAACUAAAAUUUAGUGUUUUGAGUUUUGCCGCCGCCGCCGCCGCGAGAACUUAGUUAGAUUAUUGGCUGGAUUCGAUCGCCCCGCCGCGAGAACUGACACUGUUUCCGGUGCAGAUCCAUCUCCGCAAAGCCUAUUUUUAGAUCUACGGUUUUGUUGCCUUCUUAAAGAUUUCCUGUUGGCUGGAUUCGAUCGCGCCGCCGCGAGAACUGACACUGUUGUUUCCGGUGCAGAUCCAAACCCUAUUUUUUUUCUAAUGUCUGAUUUCACAAAUUGAACAAAAACAAAAGUGAAGGAGCCAACCAUGUACGGGAGAAAAGGGUAUCAACUGUUGAAAGAUUUUGCCUCCGGAGAAAAAGGCCAGCUCAAACCUUUUAACAGCAAGCUUUUUGACGAGACUAUUGAAGAAUGUGACCAGAAUCACCAUCUUCUCCAGUCCUUGAUUAGGAAAAUGCAGCAAGAAGAUUUGGAUGUUCCGAACAAUAGAAACGCUGACCACUAUGGAGCUCUUAUUCAUCACCUUUCCUUGAUGCGGAACAAGCGCUGCCUCAUGGCUUACGUCUGCAAUUGUAGGUACAACCGAGCUGAAAUAGUGCGUGAUUUGGCAUGGAGAGUAGGCCUUGAACUUCUCGACCUUCCCUCUGAAAUCCAAGAGAAGCUCACUUCAUUGGAGAAGGAGUACUUUAAGAACCAUUCCGUUGCUCUGAAAUCAUACAUGGGAAAAGUAGGAAUCGAGUUGAAUGUCGAUAUGGUGCCUCCAAAAGAUCCUUACAUUAAGGUCAGGAUUCUGGAUGAUAUUGAUGAGGGAAUCGUGCUGAGUGACAAAACAACAAAUUUUGCCCGUCAUUCUAUGCAUUUCCUCAAACGAACUGAUGCUGAACCGUACAUUGCUCGGGGCCAAAUGGAGGAGCUGACAGAUUGAUUGAUUGAUGAAAGAGCAGGCUCGGUCUGGGUCAGUGAUAGAGAAGAAUGUAAGCUUUUACUUAGCCAUGUAUAAUUUGUAAGACAGGAACAUGGAACCUCAUACUUAAAACUCAUGUAACAAUUAUAUUUGAUCUUACAAAGUUACUUUGUCUCUA